AUGACUACCCGGACAAACGCGUACGCAUACAUUUGGAACGUGAAACAAUUGCCAUCUCCCAAUCGAUAUGAAUCUUCGUUUCGAGCCCUCCGCUGGGGCGCCAGUCCGGCUGCAGCGCUGCAACGCCUUCGACGAAAGCUGCACACAACCCGUACAAAUUCCGCGGCCGCUGUUUUUGGAAACAACAAAGCUAAACCUGGGGGAUCACACAUGAGGCCGAUUGAUGGUGCUGAAAACAUUCAAUUCGGCCUUCACCUAGGUCGUGGGAUCACUAAUACGAUUGAGUCGAGACCCGAUUUGGCCAGAACUCAUCCCAUCGAGCAUUCCCAGACAAGUGCAAACUCAUCCCAGGAAUCAAACCAUUCAACAAAACCCAACCAUUCGGAUGUAUUACACCAGCAAGAAAAUCCUAAACCAUCCGUCGAUUCCGAUCUCGACCUAUUUCUCAGCCAAGCAGAAUUCGAAAUCUUUGGCUUGCUAAGGUAUAAGCAGCUGGUUCACCUCACAUUUCCAACAAAACGGAAAUUAGAAACCGGCGUUAAGUACGUCGCGGAAUGCUCUUUCGACAAGAUGCCGAACAAAAUUACAGCCAGGGGCAAAGGGAGCAAUAAUGAGACCGCGAAAAAAGCCGCAAAAAACAAGCUCAUUUCAAAGCUUCGAGAGUCUGGAGUUUGGAAAGAUUUACAGGACGACCUCUAUAUCAAGCGUGCUUUGAGUGGCAAGCUUCCAGAUCCCACACCAUCAGUCAAACUGAACGCACAAGAGUACUCCCGCUUCUUGAAAAUGAAGCAGGACGGCCGCUUCCAGCUCACUGAGAUGUCGGUCGAGAACACAAACGGCCACGCCAUCCGCGUAAUGGAACUUACUAUGCCGGGUCAACCUGAGUUGAGGGCUCCCUUGGAGAAUAUUAGAAAGUUCCAUUCGUUGUCCGUAAGGGCCUCGAGAACAAGUGCCUACCUGAUACUGAUUGCGAAGAUGCAACUCGCUGGUAUAUGGGAUAUUAUCAUCCCAACAGAGAAAGUCACCCAAGCGCGUGACGAGUUCCCGGACGCCGUUUCAAAGACUCAGGCUCUCCCUAGAGCCGAGGCUCGGGCUUCAUCUGAAGACCAAGCUCUAACACAAGGGGAAUGUCUACCACAAGAGCAGACCCCGGCAGAUGCGAUGCCACAAGAUGAUUCUCAGUCAAAAGACCAAGGCUCUCCACAGGAUGCGCAUGUACCGCAUAAUGAAGUCCCACAACAAGAUGAGGUCUUGCUCGAGAAGGAAAUCAUUUCCAGUCGUGGCAAUGCUCAUCUCAUCCUUGAUGAUGAUCUACUUGCCACAAUGGGAAUGUCCCGGAAUGACCUACUCAAAACCUCAAAAAUGGUCCGAAAAAUGAUACCAGAACAAAAAGCAUUCUCUCCUGAACCGCAGUACUUCAAUUUCCACCUCGACGAAGAUAAAAGACAAAUGCAACUGGCAGCGGCUCUGAAACAACUCCGAGAGUCAAAAGAUCCGAAAAUGCUGGAGAUCCGUUCAAAGGUGGCAGCUCUACCAAUCGCAGAUUUCAGACAAUCGAUCUUAGACCUUGUGAAAUCCCACACUUUCAGCAUCAUUGUCGCCGAAACUGGUUCUGGGAAAUCCACGCAAGUCCCUCAGAUUAUCCUGGAUGAUGCUAUUGAUCAAGGCGAUGGAGGACGCUGUAAUAUAAUUUGUACUCAACCUCGGCGGAUUGCCGCUCAACGUCUGGCAGAUCGGGUUUCCCAGGAACGAGAUGAAACUGUUGGCCAGACAGUUGGUUCUAUCGUUCGAUUUGAGCGCCGGCUAUCCAGGAAAGACAGUGCUAUCACGUUCUGUACAACCGGAAUCCUCUUGAACUAUCUGCAAAGCGUGCCGGAUCUGGUCAAGACUUUCUCUCACAUCAUCCUCGACGAGGUUCAUGUGCGAGAUAUUGGCAUUGACUUUGUCAUGCUUUUGCUGAAACGCUUUGUCAAUCACUGCUCAAAUUCAGGAGCUGAUAUUCCGAAAAUCGUUGUGAUGAGCGCAACUGUCGACACCAAUCUGUUUUCCUCUUACUUCUCCAUGGAAGGACCGGACGGAUCGCUCAUCCCUGCUCCCCAUAUUACUGUCCCAGGCCGCCAAUACCAAGUGGACCAUUAUUAUCUUGAUGAGAUACUUGGCAAUUUGGAAACAUCUCCACUGGGCGAGGAAUUAAAUGCGGUUGACGACGCAGAUACUGCCAAAUACCUGCACAGGCAUCUUUCCGAAUUCGGCGACAUUGAUAGCGAGGCUGGACCAAGUGAAGAAUCGCCUGACAAAAAGUCGACUCCACUUCCUCACUCUUCAAAGGUGCCCAAUGCGCUCCCUGAAGAAGAUUCUCUGGUGCCAGCCGGUUUGCUUGGUAUGACAGUCUUCGACCUUCUAUCCAGGACUGAAUCCGGGUCUAUCAUGGUCUUUCUCCCUGGAUUAAAGCCCAUGACAGAUCUGAAGAAGAAGCUCCAGCAGUAUGGACCCCAACUUGGUUUUGACUUCUCGAAUGAGGAAAUGUACAGGGUUAUCCUUUUGCAUUCGCACUUGCCCGAGGAGCAAGAGAAGCUGUCUCUGAACAUACCAACCGGUUGUCGAAGAGUCAUCAUAUCGACCGACAUUGCUGAGGCCUCGGUCACGAUUUCAGAUGUCAAGUACGUGAUUGACGCAGGAAAAGUGAAUCAGUUGAUCGUCAACACCAAAAACCACUCUCGUCGACUGGCUUGCUGCUGGGCCACGCAGUCGCAGUCACAACAGCGAGCGGGCCGGGCAGGCAGAGUUCAGGCUGGAGAAUACUACUACCUGGGGACCAAGAAACGUUAUGACACUCUUCGGGUCGAACAGAUUCCGGAAAUCAUUAGGGGCAAUUUGCAAACAACAUGCCUGCGUGCGAGAUUGCUAUCUGGUGAUGAUACCAUCCUAGGCUUCCUCAAAGAGCUUAUCGAACCGCCGAAGGACGAAGACGUGAUUGUGAAUGUGGAUGCCCUGAAACAGCUGUCGGCUUUGGAUGAUGGCGAGAAUUUUACAUCUUUGGGCAGUAUUUUGGCUAAAUUGCCAACUGACACUCCAGCAAUGGGAAAGCUGAUCAUGCUGGGUAUUAUUUUCCGUUGUCUUGACCCGAUGCUCGCGCUGGCAGCGACUGGCUCAACCACACCCUUGUUUUUACGCUCCACAGAUACAGCAACGGCGAAGCUGGUCCUUCGCAACCGGGUUGAAUUUGCCAGUGGAUCAGGGAGCGAUCAUAUUAGCGCGAUCAAUGCGUUCAAGAGCGUUCGGAAGGUAUUCGACGAACAAGGAAAAAUUUCAGCGCUUGACUUUGCUAUGGAUCACUCAAUCUGGUACCGCAGCUGGAGGACUGCUCAUCGCAUCAGUGAGCAGAUUUUGGGUGAUCUGAGAUCCGCAGCCUUGAUCCCUCCUCGAGAGGACAAAUGGGAUAGUGAAGGUCAAUUAGGUGGCGCUAGGCUCAACGUCAACUCGAAUAACACGCCCCUCAUCAAAGCGCUACUGCUGCACUGUCUCUUCCCACGCCUUGCAGGCCCAAGAGAUAAUUCGAACGAAUUCACUACAAAUACUGAUCCUCGCACAAUGAUGGCCGCGAGAUCUGUGUUUAUGGCGGGCAUCAAAUCCCGUAAGCAAGGCCAAAAAUUACCAAAAUGCCUGGUCGUUUACGACUAUAAAGCGUCGUCCUUGUCAGGCAUGCCCUUCAUUCAUGAAAUUUCUCCGGUCUCGCCAUUGACAGCUGCUUUUUUUGGAGGAAAGCUGAGAUGGGAUGCCAAGGAGAUGCUCUUGGAUUCGUGGCUGAGCCUUUCUCUCAAUACGCAAGAUUCUGCCUUUAAGCCAAGCGAGGCUGCGCGGAAUUUGAUCGAGUUACACAAGGCCCUGCGUGUUACACUCGAUACUGCUUUCGAUACCUUCCCAGCCGCAAACCAGCGUUCACCUUCAAAGUCUCAUCCGGCAAUGCCUUCUGGUCCAAUUAUCCCCUUUCCUCAGAAGAGGUCGAGGAUUUGA